CAGAGUGCAAUACAUAUCACAACUUAAGUGCAUACAUAUCACAUCCUAUCACAUCUUGAACUAACGUCAAGGCAUCCCUCCAGUUCAAAAACUCCAUACAUACACACCCAUAUCUGUCCAAGUUAGGAAACCGUUCCCCUGUUGCUCUGUGUUUUAGUGGCAGUAAGGAUAGAGAGAUAGAGACAAAGAUUUGCACUACACUAGUGAGAAAGGGAACCAAAUGGAGUGGAUGGACAGAGAAAUAUCGUUGGCUAAGAUGGAGUACUGACUGAUCGAUCGAUCGAUCAUCACAAGAAGAGAAGAAGAUUAAUGCAUGCGAAUUAAGGGGCUAUGAUAUGGAGCAUAUCUCAUCUCUCUCUCUCUCUCUGCUACAUUAAACGCCUGCCUCCUGUGAUCACGCCAUAUCUUGUUUCAUUUGGCAACUUUGCUUCCAUUCCUCUCAGAUCAUCUCCGCGUUUAACCCCUCCAAUCCCCUUGUAUAAGUAGGGAUCCGAUUCAUCCCAAGAACGCGUAUUCUCUCGAUCUCACUCGAUCUCGUGCCAGCAAAAAUUUUAAAGCCAAAUUAGUGUUGUCUUGUGCUGUGUUUUGCUAGCUCCAUGGCUUCCAGCUCGCAGACCACCGUGUCCAUGGAGGUGGCGAUGAAGGUUGAGGGGAGUGGUGGUGGUGGUGGUGAUGGGGAGGAAGGCGAGGUGGUGGCCAAGAAGGAGGAGGAGGUGGCGGCGGCGGCGGCGGCGAUGGAGCUCGAUCUUCUUGGCGCGCUGCGAGCGGAGGAGGUCAUGCCGGCGGAGAAAGGGAAGGCCGCCGUCGUGAUGGUGGGCGAGGCGGUGGCGCCGUCCGUGGAGGAGAGGGCUUCUGCUGUGGCGGCGGCGGCGGCGAACGGUGGCGGCGGCGGCGGCGAGGCGAGGCGCCGGCUGUUCAAGUGCAACUACUGCCAGCGCAAGUUCUACACGUCGCAGGCGCUGGGGGGGCACCAGAACGCGCACAAGCGGGAGCGCUCCCUCGCCAAGCGCGGCGCCGCCGUGGCGGCCGCGGCGGCGGCCGCCGGGCGCGGCCUGUACGGGUUCGGGGACCCGUUCGUGCCGCACCACCUCCGCUUCCGCUCACUCUGGCCCUACCCCGCCGCCGCCGGCGCCGCCAGGACAACGCCGUUCCUCGGCCGCGGCUCCGCCUCCGCGGCGGCGGCGGCAGCGGCGCCAGCGGCGCCGUUCUACGGCGCGGUGCACCACGGGUGGAGCACCCAGCCGCCAUCCUCCCUGCAGGGGAUCGCCGCCCGUCACGCCGCCGCCGAACGCCCUGUGUACCCGGCCGACGCCUUCGGCUACGGCGCCGGCUCGUCGUCGUCCAGGGCCACAGGCGCCCCUGCCUCCGCCGGGCUCCGGUGGGCCGAAGGCGGCGGCAGCGGCACCAUCCAUAGCGCCGCCGCCGCCGCCGCCGCCGGCGAGCAACACACAGCGGCGGAAGUGAAGGCGCAGGAGGAGAUGUCAAGCAGCAAGAUAGACCUGACUCUCAAGCUCUAGGUCUCACUAGGGUUUCCAGUUCUUGAGAUUAUUGCAGCCUUAAUCUGAUCUCGUGUUGUUAGAGAAAAGCUAAAUUCUUAAUUUCGUCGUCUAAUUGUUGUUUAGUUUAUUCAUUCAUGUAUGCAUAUGGUCAGAUGAUGAUUAGAGCUAAGCCCCUUGCAAAUUGGUUGGUCGUAGAUGUGAUGUAGUGCAAGGCUUGAUUGGGGUAUGUUCGAUUCUUUCUAUAUGCAUUCAUGUAUGCUGCCUUCAUUUCCCCAUUGGAAAAUUAGGGGUUCUAUAUCUUUGUUGUUCCAUUGUUCCUUCGUAUGGAACUGAUCAAAAUCUAUCUUUUUUGCAUGAA